CCGGACCAGAUUCUCUUAUCCAUUCUUCUCCAUCACCACCACCACCGUCAUCGUCAUCAACACCGUCCUCGCCGUCAUUCAUCAUCGUCCUUUCCCCCGUCUUUUCUUUUCUCCUUGCCUGCAUUCACCGCCACGCCCGCAACCUCGUCUUCUUCCUUAAUUGACCUGCUCUCAUCCUUCAGAGCCAAUCGAGCUGCUCCAAGAGCUGGAGCACAAUCCAUUCUGGAGGUUUGCGUCCAGACAAAAAGCAGGGGAGCAGAAGAAAAAUGACCAACAGACCCUUUUCCUUCGGCCAGUUUUCGUCCCCUGGUCAGGUUUUGGCUUCUCCGGGCAAGUUUGUUGACAUGGCUUCGCCCACGCUUCACCCACAUACCUCAAAUGGUAGUCAUGGCAGCUUGGACUCCAUCAUCGUCGACGCCUGGACUCGCUAUGAGAACACGAAGCGCUCGGAUGACGUGAAGAAUGCACUUAUUGAGGUACGUCGUCUUGGUGUGUGUCUACCGUGAUGAUAUAUACUCUCGUGCUACAAGGUCGGUUCAGAAUGGACGGCAGUGCUUUAUCAACAUGGCUGGCUUCGUACCCGCUCAAUACGGCAGCUGCCGGCUCCGUGAACAUUGUUUAUGUCAUAUUCGUGACAACGUCGUUCAUGGCGUCGUGCUCGAGUGUCACUGCUGUGCGAUCCUCGACAGGGAUGACUGAAGAUUGAAAACUGCAUAGCUGACGCCCGCCGUCGUAGGAACUGAUUCACCGCUAUACAUAUGUCAGCCAGGAAUAUGCCAAGCUGCUGGAGCAAGUAGAGAUUGAGAAGCGCCAGCACGGCCCAUUUUUUGCAAACAAUUCAGUCUACAAGAACGAGUAUGAGAACCUUAGACGGACUAUCGACCGCGAUCCGUUUGUGCUCGUGCUGAUCGACGGCGAUGGUAUGAUUUUCCAUGAACAUUAUUUAUCCAAGGGCGAGGAGGGCGGUCGCCAGGCCGCCGAAAUGCUGCGUCAGUCGACGGAGUUGUACGCCCGUGAGCAGGUGCCUGACUUGCCCAACGAGAUCAAGGUUGUCACGCGAAUGUACGCCAACGUCAAGGGCUUGGCCGAUAUGUGCAGUAGAUCCGGACUUGUUGCAUCACCCACAUUGAUCGAGGACUUUGUGCGGGGCUUCACGCGUGGCAAUGCGCUUUUCGAUUUUAUCGACGUUGGCCCUGGCAAAGAUCGGGCGGACGUGAAGGUAUCUGAACUGUUUAAGCUUCACGCCUACGACCCUCGCUGCAAACACAUCGUUUUUGGCUGCUCCCAUGAUAACGGCUUUGCCCGUUUACUGGAAAAGUACAUCUUCGAUGAGGUCAUCACGAGGCGUGUAACUUUGCUGGAAGGACAGCCAUUUGGCAAGGAGCUUUUGGACUUACCCUUUAAUCGCUCGAAAUUUGGCACCAUUUUCCGCUCCGAAAGAAUCGUGCCGACGCCGAUAGGCACCAUGAACGGCAAUCCAGAGGUGGCCGCUGUCGGUGCCCUCCUUCGCUCAAUGAGUCACACGCCGUCCGAGUCAAUCUCUUCCAUGGGGGAAUCGACUUACGCGAAGCCCAGUCCCGUCUCUUGGGCGAAUCGCGCCGCAGCUGCGGCAGCAGCGGUCCUUCCACCGCCCACGCCGCCCAUCGAAAAGGCCAUACCGGAGCCCACGUCCAAAGACACUAUACCGCGAAAUCGCAAGGGCCAGCGUCUCGACCCGAUCGUCAAGUUCGACAGAGCCGAGAUAGACCGUGUGCGGAAGAUGAAGAUGUGCAACGUGCACUACCUACGCCAGGAGUGUCCUUACGGCAACAAGUGCACACAUAAGCAUGACAAGGAUCCGUCUAAGCGGGAGCUUGAGGUGCUGAAGGUUGUCGCUCGAUUCGCGUGUUGCCGUUCUGGCAGCAGCUGUGAUGAUCCCAGAUGCAUAUAUGGCCACCGCUGCCAAGCACCCGAGCGUCUGGAUCCGACGAAGUGGCCUAAUGAGCGAGGCAAAACAUGCAUCUUUGGUCCAGACUGCGUCUUCCCGGCUGAGCUGCACAACAUCGAUAUCGUUCCCGUUAAGAUGACCAAGGUCUAACGACACCAGGCUUAUUUUUUAAUACUCACUACUUCGCUUUCCAACACACGGUGGGCCAUCGGUCUCCACGGCACCUUUCCGCGUGACCUCGCUGUGCUUUCUGCUUCCUUGAUUUGAACUUUUUUUUUCUAUUUCCUUCUGAGGAUUGUUGGGCAGACCGUAAAACAAACAGGGGGCGAGCAAACGUUCUUUUCAGCGUGGCGCUUGGGGUCAUUUCUCGGACGGGUUUUCCGCACGGUUCCGGCGUGCUGUUGCACGCAAGCGGAAAGAGACGCGGGUGUGGGCACGAAAAGAAAAUUGUAGCAAACAUUUACACCAUAUAGGCGUUCAUGGGCCGUGGAACCAUGUCGAGCCUGUGAUAUCUGCUCCUUUCUAAACUGCGGAGAGGGCGAGAAGCAAAGGAGCGCGAUUUGGUGUUGGCCUUUACUUUGACGGCCCACGGGCUGGGAUGCAUUCUUAUCCUUUAUAAUACUUGAAUAUAUUAUCCGUAGGCCGACAGGUCCAAAAUCAAACAUGG